AUGCUCAAAGCAGUCUGCGGCCCCGGUUAUUCCAGUGUAGUCAAGACUCUACGUCAGCGACAAGACCAGCUGCCGUCACUCCGAGAUACUCCAGGCUCCCCGAAAAGAAAGGAAGGUGGAGGAAAAGGAGACGUGUGCCAGCGGCGGUGCAGGGGGGGGUCAAAACCGGUGGCUAAACCGCCGGCGGCGACUCCUUCUGUUAGACCGCCGAACACCGCUCACCAGAAGAAGACGACCCAGAUGGAAGAGGUUCCGGCCCCGGCUGUCUCGGCUACCGUCCCACUGGAAGACGACGAAUUGGACGAGCCUGACACAGUCAUCUGUGUCACCCCGUCCAACCGGCCUCCGACACCUACUCCUACUCAAGCGCCUCCGGACGUAUCGCCGACCCUACCGACGACACCCGUUGAGGCGCAGGCCCGGAAGGAGCCAGUUGUGAAGAGGAGGAAGGCGAACACUCCCCCGAUUUCAACACCACCCAAGCCAACUCGCCCCUCCAAACCGCCGCAGCCGAGGACAGAACCAGAGGGAUGGUGGUCACUGCAGGCCGGCCGUCUCUAA